GCGUCUCUCUGUGCGCAUGCGCACCCGGGCGCCGUUGUUGGUGCACCGAUUCACGGAGUUUCAUAGGCGGAGGAAAAAAAACCCCGAGGAAACCUGCUUUAUGUUUGUUAUCGGAUAUAUAUUUUUUGAUUAUUAUUUUCGGUUUUACGGUAAGAUUCACGCGCAUAGAGACGUUUUUGUUUGUUUUUUUAAAGAAAUAAUUAUUUAACAAAAACUAAAUCAGUCUGAAAGCUCUACAGGUUGCUGUAUUCGGGCGCGCGCUCUCAGUACCUGCCGCGCGGAUCAGUUGUUUAUUUAUAGAGUUCGAUAUUUUUUGUUUAUUUGUUUAUUUUAUUUAAACACAUUCCCUCCUCCCCUGCCGUGUCCCUCACCGCCGGUUCCCCGGUGAGGAAGAAGCCACGCGAUGCCGCUGGGCCUGAGGAGGAAGAAGAAGUCGCGGGAGAGCUCGAGCCUGGUGGAGAAUGAGGAGGUCGGUGGUGGUGGAGGAGGAGGAGGGGGAGGACACGCGGGGAAGAGCGCGGCGAUGAACGGUGGUGGUGGAGGUGGAGGUGUUGGUGGUGGUGGUGUUGGUGGAGGAGUCAGUGGAGGUCUCGCACCACCGCCCGCAAACUUGCGCCCCAAACUCGUGUUCCACACGCAGCUCGCGCACGGCAGCCCCACCGGCCGCAUCGAGGGCUUCAGCAACGUCAAGGAGCUGUACAGCAAAAUCGCCGAGGCGUUCAAUCUCAGCUCCACUGAGAUCCUGUUCUGCACCCUGAACACACACAAAAUUGACAUGGACAAGCUGCUCGGGGGACAGAUCGGCCUGGAGGACUUCAUCUUCGCUCACGUUAAAGGCAUCAAAAAGGAGGUGGAUGUGUUCAAAGCCGAGGACGCGUUGGGUCUCACCAUCACCGACAACGGCGGCGGAUACGCCUUCAUCAAGCGUAUAAAGGAGGGCAGUGUGGCAGACGGCGUGAAGGUGAUCUGCGUGGGAGACCACAUUGAGUGCAUUAAUGGAAAGAACAUCGUGGGGACACGGCACUACGAGGUCGCUCGCAUGCUCAAGGACCUGCCCAAAGAUCAGUCCUUUACGCUCAAGCUGGUCGAACCUAUGAAGGCGUUCGAGAUGCUCGAGCCAAGAUCGAAAGGGUCCAAGCCUCAGGGGGAGAGCCGGAUCGGGACGGGCCGUGAAACUCUGAGACUCCGCUCCAAAGGCCCGGCCACCGUAGAGGAAAUGCCAACAGAGUUUGAAGAAAAGGCAGUGAAAAAAGUGGACGACCUCCUCGAGAGCUACAUGGGCAUCCGGGACACUGAAUUAGCGGCCACGAUGGUGGAGGUCGGACGGGACAAGGUGAACCCAGACGAGUUCGCCAUGGCUCUGGACCAGGCCCUGGGAGACUUCGCCUUCCCAGACGAGUUCGUGUUCGACGUCUGGGGAGCCAUCGGAGAUGCCAAGCAAGGACGCUUUUAACUCAUUACAGCACUACACGUGCGCGCACACACACACACACACACACACACACACACACACUCUCCAUGACGUUUCGAUGGGAAAAAGGAAGUGCUGUUUAUCACUGUGAUUUAUAAAACACACUGCAUUCCACUCAAAGUGUACUUAUUCAGCCAAAGAGUGUAAAUUACCACUUUUCCGAUCGGGUAAAUAUAAAUGAUGUAUACUUUUCCUGAUCAGGUAUAUAUAUAUAUAUAUAUAUCUAUCUCUCUCAAUGCCGUUAGUGGUUACUAUUUUGUAUGUCAUUAAGCACACUUUUCUAUAGACAGGGAACACAGUUUGGAACGCAUGCCUUACUCAGCACUUUUACGGACCGAUAAUUGCAUCGCAUUGGUUUAAUUGUGCUUUACUUUGCUACCGUUUUAUAUCGUGAACGGCUGAUUUGCUGUAAAAAUCAAUCCCAUAUGUGACCAUAAGAGUCCUGUGGACCCCCCUUUCUAGAUUUCUGAUGCUCACCAAUACGAGAAGUGUGAAUUAUUGUGUACCUGGCUGAUUAGAUUUAACCCACACACUCGAGCCAAGGACGUGUCGCUCAGCGAAAUCAGGACGUGCGCCAUAGUCACAUGAUUUGCCACGAAUUAUGGCACUUGAAUGUCUCUUCUUUCCUUCCUAUCACUGGCUCAUUAGGAAACAUCGCUCGCUUUGACUCCUGUAGAUGUGUUUCAUAAACGUCUAUGAGCACAUGCCGUGUCUUUUUUCUAAUUAUUUUUUAAUAUGAAUGAAAAUUUUAUGAAAUGUCUGUUUCAUUACAGUUUGGCCCCAUGAAGGAUUUACCCAUCUUUAACAGUUUUGUAGUUAAAAUAUUAGCAUGAAAAGAUGUUCUAGUAAAUUUAGACGAGUGAUUUUUUUUUUUCUUUUCUGUACAGAAUGUUUGUAAUCGUCAUUUUAUAGCUGGAUAGAUUUGUAAUCUUUUAAUUUAUUUGUUCAAUAAAAUCACAUGGGAAAAACA